AUGAGUGAAGCUCUCGAGUAUGAUGCAAAAAUGAUGGGCGAUGACCAGGUCCACCAUGCAUUUGACGCUGCGACUAAUCAUAGCCUUGAAGAUGAGAUUCAACGAGCACAAGGAAAGUCUCUUGUGGAGUCACUCAGUGAAUCUGGAGAUAAUGGUCAAUAUGGUGAAACGGCUGCUCGAAGAGCCGUCAUCGACAGGGCACUUGAUCUUCUGCUUGCAAUUCAUAGAGCCUUUGUGACCUCCGUGGUUCAAGAAGAAUCCUAUUCAAGGCCAAGGGUUGAGAUUGGUACUACAGAUCUCGAAGAUGCGAGAUACCGCCAGAUCAUUCACGCGCUCCUGGAUUUGAUCUCCUUGGAAGGCAUCUACCCAUCCUUGUCCUCAGGCGUCGGGAUUCCCCUUCAGCAAAGAGUCAUAUCGGUGCUACCAGCUGGAAUCAUUGCAAAGCAGCCCACCAUGCCACCGAGCACCACGCCACAUGAUGAGUCGCUUCUGAACAGGACAAUGCAUGUCCUACUUAGCAUCGUGCAAGAUCACAGAAGCAGUAUACAGCCUAUCAUUCGCAGUCGCAUCCUCAGUGACCUCAUAAGUGGCCUCUCGGACCUCGCCUUCAAUCCGAAUCUGAUUGACUCCGACAAAAAGAGGUCCUCUCGAAACGCAUUUCAAGCCAUCAUAGAUACCUCUCCAAGUGCGGCGCUCCUGCCGACUUUAUCUGCAUUCCUCCAGACUGAGACCACAGCCUGGUUCAAGUCAGUCAUCUCACAUCAAAUCGCUCGUAUUCCAAUGCGAGACGGCGGGGUUUUGCAUACAAUCUUGUUUGUCAUGUCGCAGGUGGCUCCAUCACUUGGACAAGAAGCUCAAGCGCAGCCCACGAAUGGGCCCCAAUUCACAGUGCAAGGAAUGAUGCAGAUAUCAAGACUUCUGAGUGCAGUUCCGCAGGAUACUGAACCAUCGAUCUACUUCGAAGCGAUUGCACCUCAACUUCUAGAGCUGCUUGACGGUGACGACAUAGACAUGAGGAGGAUCGCAUCAUAUACGAUCGGAAACGGUAUUUUAGGCAAGCGCCCUUACGGUGCACCUGGAAGCAUCGGCCACUCAAUUUUUAUCGAACCAAUUUUUGCGACGCUGACUGCCAAGCUCAAUAGCAAAACGGCACGCUGGCUUUCAGUACCUCCCUAUGCGGACACCAGUGCCCCUCAAUCAACACAUCAGCAAGGUCCAAGCAUUCCCGUUCAGAGCCACCAGAUCAUCCUUGCUUUGAACAGAUUGAAGCUUCUGGCUUUACAGCAUCCAAAUCCUGGGCUUGUGAAAAGAAUUGUAUACCCGAUCUUACUCCCAUUAUGGGGUCUGACCUGCUACUCCCAGCAAGAGCAACUCACUGAAAUUCACGCUAGUACAAUGACUCUGCUGCAGACUUAUUUCAGCAUUUCAGUUGGUGUUCUGCCUCUGAAGAAACUAGUUGACCAUCUCAUGUGGGAUGGGGGUCCUACUUGGACAUUCACUACGGACUUCCACGGUCAAAUUGCCUUCAAACCACGUCCGCUAUCAAAAAGCAGCCCGGUUGACCUUGUCAAGCAUAUGGACUCCCUGCAAACCCGGGUUGACCUCUUCAUCGGCCUUUUGGGCUCUGAUCCAAGCACCGAGGAGCGUAUCGCAGACAUUUUCCUACAUGUCAGCCAAUCCUGGCUCGUCCAGUCCCCAAGUCUGGAUGGCGCCGCCGAGCGCGGCCGAAGGGAGCAACUCGAAGAUACCACAGCCAUCCUGCAAAAGUUGAUGUGUGCCAAGGUGGCCGAAAGAUUGCUUGACAAAUUCAAGGACACCCUAUCUCGCCGGCCUCUACGCGUCCUAGAACUUAUCAAGCAGGUUGUUGACGGGGAGUUAUGCAAACUGCGCAGUCAACAAAUGUCUAGGUCAUCUCGCAAUGCUGAAAACGUCUCGUUGUCAUCUCUUGCCAAUAUUGUACCGGAGCGCAGCGAGAGUGAGGAGAAUGAACUUGAUCAAGACAUCUCUGAUUCGUUGACAACAGCAUUCAGUUUGCUCUCAACCGUGCUUGCAUCACCCGAGUUUGCGCUCUCCCAAGACAUCAAAAUCCUUCUGGAAGCGCUCAAAGAGCACCUCGAUCAACUGAUUCCGCUUCUCCCAAGCACUCUGGCCAAACCAGCGACUACCUCCUCAAUGCUAUUGGAGAUACAGCUCACCUCCCCUGAAAACACGGAGGUUCAAGCGGCCCCUUCGCAUGUCGUGGAUCUGGAGACCCACCGCCAGGCAUUGGCAGAUCUCAGCUCAGACCUACCUCCAGUUCAGGCGGAGGGCUUCUCUCUUCUGUCAAAGCUAGUUUUAAAAUCAUCACCUGUACUCGACAUCCCAUCAACGCUGACUCUUCUGCUAUCAAUAAUCACGGACAGCUCUGAGACCCAUGCAAAUGAUGAGUUCAUCUAUCUAAACGCCAUUAAGCUCAUCGGUACACUUGCCGCUCGUCACCCGCGCACAGUUGUGAAGACUUUGGUCGAAAACUAUGCUGAUCCCAGUGAACGACGGACCCUAGAUCAGCGUUUGAAGAUCGGUGAAUCUCUCCUCAGGACGGUCCAAGAUCUUGGCGAAGCAUUGGCCGGCGAAACUGCCCAAAGUCUUGCAGAGGGUCUCGUUGCCGUAGCUGGUCGCCGUGGCCACAAGCCGGAGACCCAAAGAGCACGUCGGCAGCUGGAAGAAAAGGAGAGGCGAGAGAGAGAGCGCCAAGAGCGAAACAGACAGCCUGGGCUGUCAGAACUCUCGCAGCUCAUCGACGAUUCGGAACCCGAGUCUCCGGAACAACACGCCUACGCCGCGUCAAUCGUCGCCGCAUGGGGUGCCGGCGCAUCUGCUGAUGAUGAACCCGAAGACUUGCGUAUCCGCGCCUCUGCGCUUUCUGUCCUGGCUUCCGCAGUGCAAACAAAUAUCCUCGGUCUUGGGCCAAUGAUCGUCUCCUCUCUGAUCGAUCUUGCGAUGACAACGCUUACACUCGAGUCCACCAUCGAGAGCGCGGUCUUACGACGAGCAAGCGUCGUUCUCAUACUGGACGUGCUAAAGGCUCUCGACUCGGCACGGGAAGCUCGAAAGGGACAGGGUGUUGGAUUCGGAUUCUCACUUGUGGAUCAAGAGGCGACGCCGUCUUCCCAUAGUGGCGACCACCAGGGACCCUCGACAGUCGCAAGUAUUCCAAGACUCUUGCGCACUCUUGGUUUCGUUGAGAGCGUUGAGACGGAUGCCAUUGUACGCGGCCAUCUACGUGUGUUGAUAGAGAGUCUCGAAGCUUGGAUGGAGAAGUCUAUCAUGUGGGGUAUUGGUGCUCGAGACGGUGGUGAACCGCGCUUGGAGCUGGGAGAUCGCAUCGCGGGCCUGAGCAUCGAUCCACUAGCUGGAAGAGGUUCUGGGCGGCCUCGUAUAGAGGAGAUUGAGUAG